AGGAGGAAUCCGACCCCAUCCAAGCUUCAGGGGCCGCCCGCCAGGCUCGGCGGGGCGCAUCGUGGAGCCGGCCUGCUCCCCGGCCACGCGGUGACAACGGCGGCCUAGCGGCGCGGUACAGUGUUUGAGAAUAAAGAGUGUGGUCCGGGGCGGGCUGAGUGGGAGGCGCCGAGGCCGCGGCCCGGAAGUGGUCGGGGCCGCGGCGGGCGGAAGGGCGCCCUCGCUUCGUCCGCUCUGCGGCGGGCCCAGUGAGGCCCCCGGAAUUCGGAGCAGCCGGGAGCUCGGCCUCCGCCCUCGGGGCCUUCUCGCCGGGCUGGAGACCCAGGCCCGCAACGCCGGGCCCUACCCUGGAAGUGCUCGCGGCCCGGCGCCUGGACUGGGGAGUUGUGAGUGAACGCGGACGGUGGGCGGCGAGAUCGCGUGUGGGGCCGGUGCCGGUGGGUGCGGAGUUGCUUUGUGGGAUGCCCUGGGUGACCGACUGACCCUCCCUUCGAAGCCGUUAAUUCAAACAUCGACUCCACGAACGUCUGCCGGGUUCCUGUGUGCCGUUCUCGGUGCUAGUCCUUGGGGAUAGGCCCCUAACGUCUUGGAGCUCAGUUUGACGGGUAACCCCAGGAGGGAGGAUACGGGAAGGUUAAAAUCGAUGGAGGAGAGGCAUGGCUUUUUCUCUUUGUUAUUUCGCAUGAAUUGUGCCUAAAAUGUACUUUUAAAUGGGGAAGGUGCUCUGAAGAUGUGAGCUGAAACGCCAUCUACUCGAGAUUUAACUAAUUGUUCUCUCCUCUCUCUGGCUGUUGGACGCGCACCUUUCCGGAGGAUGGGGGAGGUAAUCAAGGCUGCACUUUGGCGUAAAUUGCAAUCGAUUAGGGAUCGUUUCUCAGACUCAAGUUAGAAGUGAGAGUUCAGAUAAGUGAGGCCGCCAUUGCUGCUUUGAACACCUCAGAAGGGGAGAAUGGAUUUAUCAGGAGUGAAAAAGAAGAGCUUGCUAGGAGUCAAAGAAAAUAAUAAAAAGUCCAGCACUAGGGCUCCUUCUCCUACCAAACGCAAAGACCGCUCUGAUGAGAAGUCCAAGGAUCGCUCUAAAGAUAAGGGGGCCACCAAGGAGUCAAGCGAGAAGGAUCGUGGCAGGGAUAAAACUCGAAAGAGACGCAGCGCUUCCAGUGGUAGCAGCAGCACCAGGUCUCGGUCCAGCUCUACCUCCAGCUCAGGCUCCAGCACCAGCACAGGCUCCAGCAGCGGAUCCAGCUCAUCUUCAGCAUCAAGCCGCUCAGGAAGUUCCAGCACAUCCCGCAGCUCCAGCUCCAGCAGCUCCUCUGGCUCACCGAGUCCUUCUCGGCGCAGACAUGACAACAGGCGGCGUUCCCGCUCGAAAUCCAAACCACCCAAAAGAGAUGAAAAGGAAAGGAAAAGGCGGAGCCCUUCCCCUAAACCCACCAAAGUGCACAUUGGAAGGCUCACCAGGAAUGUGACCAAGGAUCAUAUCAUGGAGAUAUUCUCCACCUAUGGGAAAAUUAAAAUGAUUGACAUGCCUGUAGAAAGGAUGCACCCCCAUCUGUCUAAAGGCUAUGCAUAUGUGGAGUUUGAGAAUCCAGAUGAGGCCGAGAAGGCGCUGAAGCACAUGGACGGAGAAGUCCCUUCUUCCUCUCGGGCCCCACCUCUCAGGAGAUCACAGAUCAUCCAAAACCCUGGUGCUGAUCAUCCUUCACCCCACCCCUGGGCUUGCUCACCUGAUCCAUCACCAAGCUCCGGACAAAUCGAUGGCCAGGAGAUCACUGCCACUGCUGUGCUGGCCCCCUGGCCUCGGCCACCCCCCAGGCGAUUCAGCCCUCCCAGGAGAAUGCUGCCACCACCUCCCAUGUGGCGCAGGUCACCCCCACGGAUGAGGAGAAGGUCACGUUCCCCUCGGCGCAGGUCCCCCGUGCGCCGGCGAUCCCGCUCCCCUGGCCGCCGCCGCCACAGGAGCCGCUCCAGCUCCAACUCCUCCCGAUAAGCAGGGCCACCGAAGCUCUGCCCUGUGACUUGUAUACCAUCCAACUCACUUUUGUCACUUUUCUAGCAGAAGGAGGAUCGGUAGGAAAAAAAUCCUCACUCAGGGGCAGGCUUCGAAGGUGAAGGCAGUAAUUGCUACAUUUCCCCUGGCGGCAGAGUUCCGGCUGCAGGAGUGUUGUUGGUUUGGGGUCGUGCUUAUAAUGAUGCCCUCCAGUUUUCUGGCUAGAAAGCUUCCACAUUUCUAGUUCCUGAGAGUCAGUUUAGUGGCAAAGCCAGCAGGGAUGAGCAGGGGGCUCCAGGCGGUGGUACAGCCCCAGCCUGGGAGCAUGUUUUCCCAUUCCACAGAUGACGUGGGGUCCAUCUGGUGGGCUGGUCGUGCCCUAACCUGUUGGCCUGCAGGGUCCCACAGGAAAGGGUGUGCUUUUACGCAGCUGCCAUUCCUGUUAGCCUGGCCCUGCUCCCCUGCUUGAGUCCUCUUCUGACCUCUAGGGCCAAAUACCCAAAAUGGUUCUUUUCACGUGUACUCAUGUGCGUGCACACACACACACACACACAGACAAACCCAUGUCUCCCUUUCUCUCUGAAACUUGUAAGUUGAGAGCCAGCUCUGUCCGGUCAUCACAGAACCCCCCGUUGUGUUGGUAUUCAUGGUGGUCGUGCAGGUUACUUUGGCAACGUGUACAUUGCUUUUUUGGCUUUUAUUGUACAGUCAGUACUAUACAUUUUCUGUUUUGAGUUUUGUAACUUUGUAGCAUUUUAGAUAAUAUUGUGUUUGUACUUUGUCGUGUAGAGAAAAGAAUUGUGUUGAAUAAACCUAGGAUUAGAGUGCAGCUCGA